AUGAGCAUACCGAGAAUAAUGGUCUUUAGGCCAACCUGGGAAGAGUUCCAGGAUUUCCCGGCCUACAUUGACUAUAUGGAGUCGAAGGGAGCUCACAAGGCUGGUCUCGUAAAGGUUGUUCCGCCACCGGAAUGGGUCCCGCGGAAGCAAGGAUACGACAUUAAGGAUAUCAACGUGACCAUACGUACACCGAUCUCGCAGGUGGUAUCGGGUAGACAGGGCCUGUACCAGCAGCUAAACAUCCAGAAGCGAUCGAUGACGGUGCAAGAGUUUUACGAGAAAACGCAGGAGGAGCGUCAUGCCACACCGAAGCACUUUGACUAUGCGGAUAUAGAGAAGAAAUUUUGGAAGAACAUAACGUAUGUCGCUCCCAUAUACGGUGCGGACGUACCGGGCAGUUUGACCGAUCCGGAUGUGAAGGUGUGGAACAUUAACUGCCUCGGGACCAUACUGGAUUACGUCAAUGCGGACUAUAAUAUUUCGAUAGCAGGUGUAAACACGGCCUACCUGUACUUUGGCAUGUGGAAAACCACGUUCGCAUGGCACACCGAAGAUAUGGAUUUGUACUCGAUAAAUUACCUGCACUUUGGAGCACCCAAGACGUGGUAUGCCAUCCCACCCGAGCAUGGUCGCAAGCUGGAGAAGCUGGCGGAACGCAUGUUCUCGUUAAACUACCAGGAGUGCAAAGCGUUCAUGCGCCACAAGAUGACGCUCAUUAGUACGCAGAUGCUGAAAGCGCACGGCAUACCGUUCAACAAGAUCACCCAGGAACCGGGAGAAAUAAUGAUCACCUUCCCGUACGGUUACCAUGCCGGGUUUAAUCACGGCUUUAACUGUGCGGAAUCGACCAAUUUUGCCACCGAACGAUGGAUCGAAUACGGCAAACGGGCGUCCGUAUGUAAUUGCCGCCCAGAUAUGGUGAAAAUUUCAAUGGAAACGUUUGUGCGUCGCUUUCAGCCGGAAGUGUACGAAUUGUGGUUGCGGGGCGAAGAGUAUGGAUACCAUCCCGAAGAUCCAAACACCUUAUGCCUAGCACCGAAACCGAUGUUGCCCAAAAACUUUAAAAGCAAAUGCACUGAUGUGUCCGUUCCACAGAAGCGGGGAUGUGCUCCGUUGAAAAUGGAGAAAAAGAAGGUAGCGAAAAAGACGAGCGAAAAGGCAAAAGAUAGACUGAAAUCCGUCUGGAGCAAGCUGGAGGGAAGGGAGUGUGGUGUCGCGACCGACCUGCUUAUCGAUGGGCCAGUGAAAAGUAGCGCUAAACUAACCGAUCGCUUCCACACACGUACGAUCGAUCUGAUCAACGAUAAUGCCGUUUAG